AUGCAUUCGCCAAUAAGAGAAGCUAUCAUUUGGCCAACCCUCCACGCAGAAGACGCGCGGGCUCUUGGUGCCAAGUUUCCCCGCGGUGUGCUUGUUCACGGACCUCCCGGUGUCGGGAAAACUUCAAUUUCUCUGAUUGCAGCGACUGAUGUUGGUGCUUCUGUACAUGCACUCAACGCAGGGGAUAUUUUCGGCCCAUAUGUUGGCGACACAGAGGCUAGGAUGAGAGCUGCUUUCAGGAGUGCUCAGCGAGACGCAAAGCGCGGCAGGCCAUCAUUUAUCAUGCUAGAUGAGAUAGAUACCUUGUGCCCUGCUCGCGUAAUUUCAAGGGACAGUGCUCCGCAUGGGUCGAGGCACGUGACUCAGCUUCUAACACUCAUGGAUUGCGGACUUUCCUCUGAAAGGAAUUAUAAAAAUGACAAACCAGGAGAUUCCUACCCCCUUGUGUUGGCAACUACGAACCGCCCAGACGUGCUUGAUGCUGCACUUCGGCGUCCAGGUCGGUUUGAUAUCGAAGUUGAAAUUAAGUUGCCCUGUGCUGUAGAGCGUGAAAUAAUCUUGAGGCAAUAUACUCAACUGCUGCUUAUGGGGUCUGAUGUCUGCCUCAAAACUAUUGCGGAGCGAACCCAAGGAUAUUCUGGAGCGGAUCUUUCAGCCUUGUGCCGGGAAGCUGCAAUGCUGGCGAUAAGCCGCCGUAAUACGGACAAACCGUUCGAGUCAAUCACGGCAUCUGAUGUUUCAGUGUCUGAUGGUGAUUUUUCAGAAGCAUGCAGAAGAAUGCGUGCUUCGCUGAUCCGUGGUGUGGAUGUUGACUUGAACCCUGUAAAGUGGGAGGACAUUGGUGGCCUGGAUGAUGUCAAGGAACAAUUGCAGAAGACGGUAGAAUGGCCCUUGCUGCAUGCUGAUGCAUUUCUGCGGCUAGGUUUAUCUCCUCCGCGUGGUGUUUUACUCUACGGUCCACCAGGUUGUGCAAAGACCACUCUGGCCCGCGCAGCUGCAACUGCAUCUGGAGCGACCAUUAUUUCACUUUCGGCCGCGGAUGUGUUCAGCAAGUAUGUGGGUGAAGGAGAAGUUUUAUUGCGCGACACUUUUUCGCGCGCGCAGCGCUUGGCCCCGGCUAUCAUUUUGCUCGAUGAAAUAGAUGGGAUGGUUGGAUCCCGUGGUUCAGAUCAUGCAUCCAAUAAUAGCGAAAUCGGAGCACGUAUCUUGUCCGUACUGCUGACAGAAAUGGAUGGUUUAGAUCAGUCAAAAGCGGGAAUCGUGCUGGCCACUACCAAUCGCGUAAAGUCGGUUGAUCCUGCACUCAUGCGCCCGGGGCGCCUGGAUGUUAAAAUAAAUAUACCAAAACCUGGUGAAACUGCCCGCUUUGCUUUGCUGCGUGCGUGCUCAAGAAACGUCCCACUGGAUGAUGACGUCGACCUUUUUGCGAUCGCAUCCCGCGCGAAAGUAUUCACUGGCGCCGAACUCUCCAAUGUAGUUCGCGAGGCUGCAAUAACAGCUCUGAGAGAGAACAUACAUGCGAAAAGUGUUGCACAGCGUCACCUUGAGGCAGCACUUGUAGCGAUGAUUCCGUGA